UCCGUGCUUUAUUUUGACAGAUUCAAACUGUAACGUUAAUUCCUGGAGAUGGAAUCGGUCCAGAGAUCUCCACUGCAGUAAUGAAGAUAUUUGAAGCAGCUAAGGCCCCUAUUCAAUGGGAAGAGAGAAACGUCACUGCCAUCAAAGGGCCCGGAGGCAGGUGGAUGAUCCCUCCUGAGGCCAAAGAGUCGAUGAACAAAAACAAAAUUGGAUUAAAAGGACCCCUGAAGACACCAAUUGCUGCUGGACAUCCGUCCAUGAACCUGCUGCUAAGGAAGACCUUUGACCUUUAUGCUAAUGUGCGUCCCUGCGUGUCGAUCGAGGGCUAUAAGACGCCUUACACCGAUGUGGAUCUGGUCACCAUCAGAGAAAACACAGAAGGAGAGUACAGUGGGAUCGAACAUUUGAUUGUGGAUGGAGUUGUGCAGAGUAUUAAACUGAUCACAGAGGAGGCCAGCAGACGCAUUGCUGAGUAUGCAUUUGAGUACGCCAGGAAUAACCAAAGAACCAGUGUCACGGCCGUUCACAAAGCCAACAUCAUGCGAAUGUCUGACGGUCUGUUCCUGAGGAAGUGCAGAGAGGUUGCUGAGAAUUACAAGGACGUGAAAUUCACCGAGAUGUAUCUGGAUACAGUCUGUCUCAAUAUGGUGCAAGAUCCAUCUCAUUUUGAUGUACUGGUAAUGCCUAAUCUUUAUGGCGACAUCUUG